AUGAACAAGCUUGCGCCAAGCCCAGCCCGCAACUUAUCUGCCAGACCUCCAAUGGACCCUCCGUCGCCAAUCAUCCAACAACGUGCUCGUCAGACCGCCUCGCAACGGCCCAACCAAGACAUCAACCCAAGUUAA